AUGAGGAGACUGGUGGUCUUCGCUUUUUUGGUAGCUAGCGCCUACGGAUGUGGCCUCCCCACCUUCCCCCCUGUGCUGAGCAGGGUGGUGGCAGGAGAGGACGUCAGGCCUCACAGCUGGCCCUGGCAGAUCUCUCUUCAGUCGGACGGCAGUGGGCGCUGGAGGCACGUCUGUGGAGGGACCCUCAUCUCUUCUGACUGGGUCCUCACUGCUGCUCACUGCAUCAAUGACCGCUACAACUACAGAGUGGAGCUGGGUAAACACAGCCUGAAGACCAGCGAGGAGGGCUCGAUAGCGAGGAGGGCAGCCACAAUUAUCAGUCACGACGACUACAACACCAUGCUCAGCCGUAACGACAUCGCCCUUAUCAAGCUGUCUUCCCCCGUCACCUUCUCUGACACCGUCAUGCCCGCCUGCCUCCCGGCCCGGGGCGUGGUCCUGCCCUACGGCGCUCCCUGCUACGUCAGCGGCUGGGGUCGACUCUCCACCAGCGGCCCUGCAGCUGACCUCCUGCAGCAGGCUCUGCUCCCUGUGGUCGGACAGGAGACCUGCUCACUGCCCGACUGGUGGAGCGUCCUGGCAACGGACAAGAUGGUCUGUGCCGGGGGGGACGGCGUCACCGCUGGCUGUAAUGGGGACUCUGGUGGGCCUCUGAACUGUCAGAACCCCGAUGGCUCCUGGGUCGUCCACGGCGCCGUGAGCUUUGGCUCCGGUCAGGGCUGCAACGUUCUCCAGAAGCCGACAGUCUUCACUAAAGUCAGCUCCUACAUCGACUGGAUCAACACAGCUAUGACCAACAACUGAAGGAGCUAUUCCAGUGCUUCCGUCAGCAGUAAGAACAACCGUGAUUUCUCAUUUUCCUACUGGCAAAUAAAAUAAAA